AAAAAAACUCAUCGGGCGGUGAGCCGGCGAGACGUCCUGCUGAGUGAAAGCUUUCAUGGACACGUCAUGCUCUAGUGCAAAUUUGAAAUCACUUCACUCUAGCGACGAAAACACAACGCGUAUAUAACGCGCGGUCGCUCCAGCACACAAACACAACAUCGAAACGACAGACACAAACCCCAAUAUUACCCAAAAACACCUCAGAAUGUCCACUUCACCCUCGGAAGUUGGCAUCGUCGAGCUCUUUGGGCAACUACAGCCCGAGCGCAUCGCCAUCCAGGUUCACAGUGGCAAUGCUGUUGUCCGGGGUGUUCUUGAGGCCCUCGUACAGCAUUCGGUUCGGCGUUGCGGAACGGAUCCUGCUCCUGCUCUUAAGGAAUUCGACAAGAACGGUCAAGUCAAGGAACUUCUACGGCUGAUUGAAGCAGGGGUGCAGGAUAUGGAUAUCCAGAAACUGGCUGACGACAAGAACACGACAAGUGACGCUAUCCGCCGCGUUCUUGCCGGUAUCCUCGACCACGCGCGUAAACUGCAAGCCAGUGAUGAUUCCUCUACUUCGAACGGCGUUGCUUCACACCCUCCAAAACUCCAGGCGAUUCUCGGACCAGGUACGUACCCGCGGUACGCAUGUUGGCAUGUUUCAGCCUUGGCAUUGGAGGCAUUCAUCAAAUCUAACGGACUGCGCAUGUCUUGAACCGCCCCUCUCCCGUGUAUUAAGCACUUGCUAAUCUCUAUUACCACAUUUACAGCCCUUCCCGUAAGCCACCUCGGCGCGAUCGAGUGGCCCCACUCGAUUCCUGCUCACGCCCGCAUGCUGCACCAUGCCAAUGCCAUUGUCCUCAACAACCGCGUGGCGUACAACGGAGAUACGG